AUGGCCCUAAUCGUCGAAGAACUCAAAGAUGAGAAAGAGAAGCUCCUGGAACAAUUGCGUGAGAUCAGCGCCUUGAAAGUGAAAGAGAGUGAAGACUGCUACGCAGAAAAGAACGACAGAAUCAGAAAAUUGGAGGAGAAACUUGCCACUGCCUCCCAAAACAUCACGGACUGUGAACAAAGCAUCCGACAUUACCAGCUAAAGCUGGCCAAGGCCGAGUAUGAACUGGAAACUACUGUGGCCAGACUUACCCAUCUCGAAAAACAGGCAAGUACACUUUUUGUAUCUAUUUCUCUUGGAGCUUUUAGGUGCAGUUCAACCUAUUAUUAUAAAAGAUAUUGCAAUCUUACAAGGGACUCUAAAACCAAAGCAAAACGGGUUUCUGUAUUUUAAACACAUGAUCUGGUUUUUUUGUUAUGCGUAGAAUACUACGAAUGCCAUGGACUCCACUGAGGUUGAAAACUUGAGAGAGGAGUGCGAAGCCGCUAAGAAAAAAGCCGAGGACAAUCUUCGGAGAUACUUAAAGGAGUCAGAUAGCCUGAAGGCCAUCAUAGACGAAAUGCAGGGUAGGUUAUUUUUCAGUUAUUGCUAAGUUUUGUCAUUUCUAGUUGUUGUUCAACCGUGAUGAUUCUCAUUAGAUGAUCGUGCGUGGUCGGCCAAAACAGGCUCCCUUGCGCAUACCGAUGUUUCAUUGCUUUCUUGUUGUCAGUGAUGUCUCGUACCAAAGUAGUGCUUUGUCAAUAACGGUGUAGUAAAGGCAGCCUGUGAAGCAGGCGCUCGCGGAGAAGGCGAGAAACACGCGCGCGAGAGAGCAAUAUACGCGGGAGAGAGAAUGCCUUUUCGCUCGGACGUGCAACUCAAGGGAUCUUUGGAGUGAUUUCUAUGUCCUCGCAUUAGAGGUUGACGCAUUACAUCAAAUGUCGCCUUGAAAAGGAACCAUUUCUAGAGUUCUUUCUAUGUCCUUGCAAUCAUGGUUGACUCAUUGCAAAUUUCGCUUUGAAAAGAAACUAUUUCUAUCUUUGGUCUCUGCAGAUGAAGAAGAGGAGCAUCUUCGACAAAUUGAAGAACUUGAAGAAGGCAGAGCCAAAAAAGAUGCAGAACUAACCCAACUUCGUUCAGACCUCGCCCAAAUAAGAGAAACUGGACAAGUAAGUCAAGUUGACGUAGGGAGGGGAAGAACCACUUCCUGUAGUUCCGUUCCGUUCCGGAGAUGCAAUUCAAAAGUACAAAAAUUGUCUAAGUUGUGGGAAAGAAAUAUUUUUUUUUGUUUCUAAAGGCUAGAAACUACGAUCCAAGAACCUCUUUACACAUUUUUUAAAACCUUGCGGAUUGGGGGAAGGGGGCUGUUGUUGUCUAUGGCUAAGUUUUUAAAUGUCUCAAUAUACAUAUUUUUGUAUCUUUUGUGCUUAACGAUGCGGUAGGAAUUCCAAGAUAAUGUCAGGAAUUGCCACCCCUUAAUAUACAGAAUUUUUUGUAUUUAUCGAGAACUCUUUUUCCCUUUCUUUAGAAUUCUACGCACGCUGGAGAUCAAAGUGAAAUCGAAGCGCUCAGAAAAGAGUGUGACGCUGUUAAGAAGAAAGCUAAGGAUACGAUCGACAAGUAUUUGACAGAGUGCAACAGACUUAAGGCUAUAGUGGAUGAACAACAAGGUACAGUUAUUUUGUUAGAGAACAUAUUCAAAGAGUGUCCUAAAACAGGCCCAUAAGUUAUUACUACGGCCAAUCGGAACAAAGGUGAAUGUCAGAGGAGCUAUUGAGAGUUCAGCGUAUAAAAAUAGGUAAACUGUCUGAAGAGCGGGAAAACGUGAGAGACCAGGCUGCAAUCGCUCCUGGGAUUACAUCUGAUCGGUCGAGACGGUGGUACAAAUUUAACUGGACUAAACUUAACUAGAGGCCUGAAUUUUUCUUUAGGCCUCAUGUUUACUGCUGCGUAUGUAGCGUUCAUCACUGCGAUGGUCGCUUUCUCAUUCACGUCUUUAUCCGCAGUUCACAUAUACGAUUUUCAUAUAUUCACAGCCAUUUAAAACCUAGGUAGUGAGAUAUAAGUUGUUGUUUUGUGAUGUUUUCUCUAGCUGCGUUGUGGUAAGUCUGGCAAUCUCUUAAAAGGUGCUUUUUCAGAAGAGUCGACCCUACGCAAGCGCAAUGACGAGCUACUCAAGGUUCCCCAUUGUUUGACAUUAUCCCAACAAAGCAAACCAAUUAUCUAUGUCGUAGCGCGCGUGCGUUUGUCGGCGUGCCCUUAUACCUACGUCAGAAUGACAAACCAGCCCAUGACGCUUUAAUCGAGAUACGAACUGGCCAAUAUUUCUUUGCAUGUUCAAUUUGCAGCAAUUAUCCACAAAGCGCAAGAUGUAAAGAAAAUUCAAGAAGAAAUGGAAGCUUUGCGAAUCGAGUUAGCACAAAAGAACAUGCAGAUUCAGUCACUACAAUAUGACUUGUACAAAUUGAAAGAAAAAUACGACAAUGAAACGAAGUCACUGAAGAAUGAGGUGGAAUGGGGCCUAGAAAAAGUCGGAUCGCUGAAACUGGAGAUAAAGAGAUUGAGGGAACCUGAGACAGAUGAUACUAUUAGUAUAAUGCGGUAAGCUCUUCUUAAAAUAAAGCAUAACUUAGUCACCAGCUCUCCAAGGUACGCUCGCUUUGGUUGCUAUACUGAGCAGAAAAAAAAUGCUGGUCAGUGUGUGAUCUGAACUGGGUUGGUGGCUGACUUGGAUAAUGUUUGCGUAGCAAGCAUGGCGUUUUGCAAAGCAACAUGUUCUCUCAGUUGUUGGGAAAAAAAAUUUCAAAAUCUCCGAGAAGUAAUUUCCAGCAUUCUGGGACAUAUUUGAGAAAAUCUCUUAGACAUGUUCAUGUUAGAAUCUGUUCAAAAGUAUAUAUUUUUUUUUUGUCUUUGAUCGCAAUUCACGAAGUAGCCGUUGCCAAACGGUCUAACAGCCAGUGCGUUUCCGCCGCCUACCGACUUCUAUUGACAACUUUAGACAUUUUCAAUCGUCGGCCAUUUUGAAAAAUUAGUUAGUAUUACAGAGACCUUAGAUCAAUCAGGGCGCGCUCAUCUCUAAAUUCACUUGAGAAAUUAUACUUGUAAAGCAGUGCAACGCCAUCAUUUUCCUGUGUCAUCCUCACGGUCUGCUAUUCUUAAAAAGUCCAACUCACGCUGGGAAGCUCCACGUAUGAACUGUGAAGUCUUUGUGUCUCCGUGGAGAGCGUUUUAGCGCGGAAUCCGAAGGUCUGUGGAUCGAUUCUUCAUCGAGGCUCAGAAUCGUUCCUUCGUCCUGCGCUUGUGACAUCUUCAUUAAUUAAUAAAGAGUUGUUUACAUCAAUUUUGUUUUAUUCUUUUUUUUUUCUCAAUUCCAGGGGUCAACCUGUCGCGUCCAACGAUAAGGAGAACAAUGAAGUAGGAGUCGUGUCUAAUGUGGCUAUUUAUUCUCUCAAGGCUAAGCUUGGAAAACUCGAAACUGAAACGCAAACUUUGAAAGAAAAUGUGAAAAAACUUGAAAAGGAGAAAUCGACUUUAAGUUUACUCAAUACAGAAGCAAGGUAUUUUGUUUGUUAGUUGACUUUUCAUUUGCUUCUUUCCAUGCAUGGAACUGUUUUCGUUUUUUUUGUAGCAAGGUCACCCAUCGCAAUCUCGAAGUCCACGAGGCAAAUAAACAGCAAGUAAUUCUUCGGAGAGAUUUUUGCUAGGUGUUGGUCAUUACACAUGCUUGAAAGUGGAAAAUCAGAGGAAAUUUUUUAAACUUUCUUGUCAUUCCCUUAAUUUUGCUUCAAAGAAGAAUGUUGCACAAAAAAAGGAUCUUUUAAAAAGUAGCGUUCAUUUUUAAGACAGCUAAAAUUAAUUACACUUUCUUGCAGCAAUAAGGUAGCCCAGCUUUGCUCUGAAAACAACGCACUUAAAACAGCCAGGAAGAAAUUAAUGGAAGAGUUUCAAAAGCUGAAAAGAGUACAAGAGAGUUCAAAAGCAAAGGACGAUUCCGUCGGGCGACUUCCAGAGGGUGAGACCGCAUGCGUUUUAUUUACCUACUGAAAACUCAUAAAGCUCGCCUCAUUCUGUUUUCUUGCUACCACAAUUUUGAAGCAAAGUGGGGUUAUUAAAAGCGAAAUAACAGAGAAACGAAUAGAAUAGAAAAUGGAAGGAAGAGAUUGUGGCGUUUUCCGCUAAUAUAUCAACUUUGAAAUUAUAAAUGCAUGUAAAGAUGGGUCCGGCACUUCUGGCAUUCUUCUUACCAACGGCUAAAAAAACGCUGAACGCUGUCUCGGAGGAUUAAAACGAUCCUGUUCCUGAAUUAUGACUGGCUGUUGCGAUAAUCAUUGACAGUGGUAGGGAAGGAAAUCGCAAAUAAGCGAUUUUUCCUCAUUCAAAAGCGCAGUGGUGAAAAUGAACCGCUUUUUUCGCCAGGUUUCCACUGUAAUCAAACAAAAAAUUGCAAGGGAACCGAAUAACGGGGACACGAGUAAUCCAAGUCAACCUUUCUUUCUGUUUUAUCUCCUUUUGUAGUCUCUACAGAAGCGCUUGAAAGACAAUCUAAGAAUUCAUCUGUUCUGAGUGAAUUAUCUACUUGCAGCGAAGCCCCGCCUGCUGUUGAGCGCAAGCGGGUGAAGCCAGAACCAAAGGAAAAUUUCCAAAAUUGGCUUUCAGGAGAUGCAGCUAAUAAUAUGUUUAAAGACGAGCCAAAUCAGUGUGCUAAUCAGUGA